AUACAUAUAUUCGUAAUGCCGGACGCUGCACAGGAAUUAGCCACGGUGCGUUGCUUUCUUAAAGAGCGUUUGCAGCGAGACUAUACAACGCUUCGCGGGUAUGAAACGGAGCGCUCCAAUGUGCGACAGCUCCUGGAGCGCACAGCUGAAGGCGAAUCCAAUUCUCUACUGUUAAUAGGACCGCGCGGCGCCGGAAAGACUACGCUAAUAAAUGCCGUACUGACAGAUUUAAUGGUGAAGAAAUCAUUUGUAGACAACACGCUCAUCGUUUCCCUGGAUGGAAAUCUGCACACAGACGAUCGCAUUGCACUUAAGUCCAUUACGGUGCAGAUGUGCUUGGAGAAUGUCGCUGAUGGAAAGGUUUUUGGUUCUUUUGCUGAGAACCUGGCAUUUCUAUUGCAGUGCUUGAAAGCCGGCGACAAAAAGUCAAAGAGCGUGGUCUUUAUAAUCGAGGAAUUCGAUCUCUUUUGCACACAUCACAAUCAAACUCUGCUAUACAAUCUGUUCGAUGUUUCACAGUCGGCACAAGCACCUAUUUGUGUUAUAGGCGUAACCUGCCGUCUGGAUGUUAUUGAACUUCUUGAGAAGCGAGUCAAGUCGAGGUUUUCACACAGACAAGUUUUUCUGUUCCCCAGUUCCGAGGCAUUCGAAGAGUACACCGCGCUCUUCGAACAGUUGCUGCACAUUCCAAGUAACAAGGAGUUGAAAUUAAAUUCGGAUCGUGUGGACAGCUUGGAACUGCUCAAAUCACAGGUUUUCACAUUCCAUCGCAAUCACUUCGAUCCCGUCGAAUAUGAGUUUGAGAAGAAAAUUGUCGAAAACUGGAACAAACACAUUGCGAAGCUGAUAAAGCUGCCAUCAGUACUGAAAUUACUCCAGACACUUUAUGAUUUUGAUAUAAGCGAGGCUUUUCUCAAAACCUUCGUAUUCAGGCUUGUUGCACAGCUUAAGCCCAAUGAGCCACACAUUACAGUGGAACAAAUGGCGGCGCUCGCUAGUCAAUAUGAAUGCGACGAUAAAAUCGAACUACUCUGUGGUCUUUCGGUGCUGGAGAUUUGCCUGAUCAUAGCUAUUAAACAUCAUUCAGAGAUCUACGACCAUGAUCCGUUUAACUUUGAAAUCAUUUUUGCACGUUUCUCAAAAUUUGCCAAGGUUUCCAGUACAAUGCAAAACGUGGAGCGUGCCAUAGUCCUAAAGGCUUUCGAGCACUUGCGCAUUGUGGAGCUGAUCAUGCCUCUAUCGGUCGGUGGGUUGGGAAAGGUGCAAAAGGAGUUUGAAAUGCAUAAAAUGGCAUUGACAUAUGGACAGAUCCAACAAGCAGUUAACAAAUAUCAGGCAUUACCAACGGAGGUUGCGCAGUGGGCGCUUAGCUCGCUCAUUUGAAAUUCUACGACUCUCCAGCAGCAGUCUAAUGUUUCAAUAUUAUUUCCUUAAUUUAACAAGUUAUUUAUUUAAAUUAAAGUUUAAAUUAAAUUUA